GUAUUUGUCCUUCAGUACACCUGCAUGAAAUAAGAUCUUUUUCGACCAAGUGUGAUGAAAACUAUAUUUUUCGUUGGAUUCCGACGGAAACAAGUCAUUAAAUUAAUGAAGUUUGUAAUGUGACGAGACGGGACGCGGCUCAUGCAAACAUUAGCUGCAACUGUUAAAACAUACAAGUAGCCAUUACUUUUAUUUCAGCACCUACUUAUUUUAAAAUAAAUGGGCGAAUUAUAUUUUCUCAUUUGGUAGACCCUCUGAGUUUACGGUUACAAUUUAAAUCUCCCAGACAUACGUUUUGGUCCGUACCUAUUAAGCCUAAACCGCAUCAAGGAAUUUAAUUUCAGUGCCAUUCAUUAUUGAUUGUUACUGUGACAAUGUACUUACGAAAUGGUACUGGUAGUGAUUUUCAGGAACAGUCCAUUGCAAUAAUAUACUUCGUAACGAUGCACCAAAUUGUACCAGACAUAAUCAAUCAGAAUAACAAUACAUCAGAAUACAAGUGUCAUAAUAUAUUUUACGGUACAUAUGGUGCUACUUUACCGCACUAAUGCGAAAAUGAGCAUAUUACGAUACUAUGUCGAACAUUUAAAGGGCCAUAUGUACUGUAAAACGUUGUACAAUACAUGUGCGAAUAGGUAAUUCGCAACUCGUGUCGAUUUAAAACACUCCCUUCGGUCGUGUUUUAAUUUAUUGCCACUCGUGUCGAAUUUCCUAUUUUUCGCACUUGUAUCGUAAUGUACUACUUGACCACAAGGGUAGUUAAUAUAAGUCCCUGUAUCCAAACUAAGGUUCACACAUAUUUUUAAAGAACUUUCGUUAUUAUUACAAUUAUUAGUUGUGGAUAAAACACGUCGAAAUGUGGCGGAUGUAUAUCCACAGCGAUAAACGACAUAACGCAUCAUACUGUUUACAGAGAACGCGUUAAACCGCAAACUAUUCUAAGCUCACGAUAUUUCCCAUACUCUGCGACCCAAAUACAACUUGUCCUCUUCAAAAGGGCACAAGCAUGUAUCAAAUAUUAAGGCACAUAUGACGUUAUAACAUCGGUAUUGCCGUUUGAUCGUAAAUGCAGUUCAAAAUGGAUUCGCACCGCCCUAAUAUUUCAACAAAGUAAAUAUUUGUGCCAAAUAUAUCAUAACAUGUCUAUUCGGAUUUGAAAGAAAUAUGUAGAUCGUGUUUUAUUAGCUGGAUUAUUACUAAAUAGUGCCGAGUUAAAAUAGAUCUUAGUGCGUUGAGAUAAGAUCUGUGUGCAGUAGUUUGUGUAUUUUAGAUUUCAGUAUCGCGUGGGUAUUAGUAGGCGCUGCGCGCGCGCUCCUGAAAUCAGUGAUUUCAGUUAAAUCUGAAGUGCAGUUACUUUAAAGUCAAAUUUGGAAUACGGUGUAACUAGAUACUCUAUUGUUUUGAAGUGAGGUGUUUUCAAAAGUCGUAAUAGUAAUUUUACUGUGUUCUGAGGUAUAUUUUCAAACUCACGGACCUCACCUAAGUGUACUCUGAUUGUGGCAUUACUGGCAUUUUUUGUGCUUCUAUUGCAACUGAAAGUUAGAGCCCGUUGACUUCAUAAAUGAGAAAGACUCGGACUGUCUUUUCAAAUAUGAUCAAGUAUCGUCAGUAAGUGUCAUGUCAUGGUAGGAUACGUCGUGGUGAUGGGGUUGUGUGAGGGGUAGAGGUGUGUCUGGUGUGUUGUGUGUGGUGCGUGGGAUGUCGCGGCGCGAUGUUGUGCCGCGCGCUGAACGCGAGGUCCUCGCGCCGCCGCCUAGUAAAUGCGCCAAGGUCCUGUACUACACCUGGCGGCUGUGCUCCGUGGUGUUCUCCCACUUCGUGAUGAUCAGCCUGGUGGUGGCCUACUGUAUCCUGGGAGCUGUCACAUUCGAGAAGCUGGAGGCGGCUCACGAGAGAGAGGUACUGUUCUACACUUCAUUGACGAGAUACACGUGUGCUAUACUACAUGUAAUAUAAAAAUGUGUGUGUAAUAUAAAAACUUAGAUAUAAGAAUACUAACGUAGAUAAUAAGAUAAUGAGCUAUAAUGUUACUAACCAUGUAUUAUGAAUCCUUGUUAUUUGAAAUAAUUUUUUAUAAUAAUAAUAAUAAUAUACUACACCUGUCGCCUGUGCUCUGUGGUGUUCUCCCACUUCGUGAUGAUCAGCCUGGAGGUGGCCUACUGUAUCCUGGGAGACGUCACCUUCGAGAAGCUGGAGGCGGUUCACGAGAGGGAGGUACUGUUCUACACUUCAUUGACGUGAUACACAGGUCCGGUACUACACCUGGAGGCUCUGCUCCUUGGUGUUCUUCCCCUUCGUGAUGAUCAGCCUGGUGGUGGCCUACUGCAUCCUGGGAGCCGUCACCUUCGAGAAGCUGGAGGCGGUUCACGAGAGGGAGGUACUGUUCUACACUUCAUUGACAUGAUACACAGGUCCCGUACUACACCUGGAGGUUCUGCUCCUUGGUGUUCUCCCCCUUCGUGAUGAUCAGCCUGGUGGUGGCCUACUGCAUCCUGGGAGCCGUCACCUUCGAGAAGCUGGAGGCGGCUCACGAGAGGGAGGUGAAGAUGAACAUCUCUCGGCUGCGACGCAACACCACGGACAGCAUUUGGGGAAUGACCAAAAACGCCACCUACUUCAACGAGUCCAACUGGACCGCCGAUGUCGUGGACAUGCUUAAGGACUUCGAAAACGCGCUCCUGCUGGAGAUGAAGGUUCGGGGCUGGGAUGGGAGUGAGAGCACCGCCCACAUCCAGUGGACCUUCACGGGCGCGCUGUUCUAUUCCAUCAUCGUCAUCACCACUAUCGGGUACGGACACAUUGCUCCCAAGACCCAAACAGGAAAGGUGGUCACCAUUUUCUACGCCAUUCUUGGCAUCCCGCUGAUGCUGCUCUGCCUGUCCAACAUCGGAGACGUCAUGGCUUCCUCGUUCAGGUUUUUGUACUGGCGUGUAUGCUGCUACGUGUGCACGCGGCCGCCCAAGCGCCGCCGCCGACACCAUCCGUCCAUCAGGAGAUCCAUCCGCGGCAGUCGGCACGGUUCGACGCGGCGCAAGCGUCCCGAGCGCGCGCAUUCCGACACCGAGUGCAGGUAUCGCGACAGUGGGUACAGCAGUGGUCGCGGGCGGCGCGGCCGUCUAGCCCACGGCUCCAGCCUGCGCACCGCCUCGCAGCCGCCGCUUACUCGCGCUAACGAACCGAGAGGCUACGAGAGAGACAUAUCCCCGGUGCGGUAUGAUCGUUACGGACGAGACCAUUACGAGGAAGACGAAGAGUUCCCGAAGAUAUCGUUGCCUCUAAAAGACUUGGAAGCAGCUUUACAAGACCUGAACGACCACCAAAUGAAGGCGUCCAAAGCCGACAUUCGCAGCAAAUCCCUCCCACGCCCUUCCAAGUCCAAGCCCGACUUCGGACCUCGGGAUUUCGAUAGGGACUUCGACCCUGCACCCAGGGAUCGCAGAGACUUUGACCCUGGACCGAGGGACCGAAGAGAUCUUGACCCAGGACCGUCCAAGGAGCGCUUCGAGAUGCAUGACUUAUAUGACGUUGAUUAUGAGAACUACAAAGAAAGGAAGGCUCAGCAGGAAAGAGAAUGGAGAAGGGACGACUACAGGGAAAGGGAUUACGAUCCUGAGGAUGAUGAUUAUGAGUUUGACAGCCCGAAAAGAAGGAGGACUUGGGACCGUCGGGUAAACCGUUGGGACUUCGAUCGCGACCGCGACGACUACGGCCACGAGCGGCGCCCGAACCGGCGCGCACGCAGCGCUCUAUACGAGGGCGAGCGAAGAUGGGACGAGUGGGAUGAGAGGAGGCGGUGGGACGACAGAGAUGGAGAGAGGAGGCGCUGGGACGACAGGGAUGGAGAGAGGCGGUGGGAGGAUGUCGAGGGAGGGAAGAGGAGGUUGCGACGGUUGUAUACUACGGAUGAGAGCGCCAGGCCACCGCAUGCUGUGACGCCCUCGCCUGAACGGGAUUAUUGGAGCGACGACGCAGCUGUGGUGCCUGUUCCGCGCAGAGGCAGAUCCGCUGCUGCUGCCUGGGGUUCCAGACAUACUGACAUUUACGAAGAAGAUCCAGAACCCAUUAAGCAAGAAAUAAAGCCGGUGCCGAUCUGGCUGUGCGUGUUUCUCGUGGCGUCCUACAUCGUGGCGGGCACCUUCCUGUUCCAGCAGUGGGAGGAUUGGAACUAUUUGGAUUCAGCCUACUUCUGCUUCAUCACACUUACGACCAUCGGCUUCGGCGACUUUGUGCCUGGCAUGAAGCUCCAAGGCCGAACCGACUCAACAGUGGCAGCCGUGCACUCCAUCGCGCUCUGCUCGCUGUAUCUCCUCUUCGGCAUCGCUCUGCUAGCCAUGUCCUUCAACCUGGUCCAGGAACAGGUCCGCGCCAACGUCGCCGCACUCGCCACCCGGCUCGGGAUAAUCAAACCCAGAGAUCCUGACUACUGACUAGAGAUCUGACCACCUAUUCGUAAAAGCACUCAUCGCGCUCUUGCAGAACUUCCUUUUCGGUAUCACUCUCCUGGCCAUAUCCUUCAACCUGGUUCAGGAGCAAGUCCGGGCGAAUGUCGCUGCAUUCAGGGAUCCUGAUUAUUAACCAUCUAUCAGAAAGGCGAUCCCAUUCCUAUAUGAAUGUAUUCUUACUUUAAUUAAUUUAUAAUA